GAAGGUGUCAGGGACAAAAGAAUCAUAUCAGUGACAAGAGCAAAAAUUCCGUGGAGACAGCAACUCAUUGACCAAGCAACUGAGUAUAAGGUCGAGGAUAAACCUGACAAAAGAAGAAACUCAGGAUCCCAUGUCAAAGAAGAUGAAUGA